AUGAAUCCAUACGCAAGAAACGGAGGAACCAGAAAAUGUUUCUAUGAAUUCCAAACUUUCAUGGAAUGUUACACUAAUGCUGACACCAAGGCACCAAAGGAGUGUACACCUAAAUUUAACGACUACUAUGAAUGUUUACAUGGAUUCAAGGAAAGAGAAAAGGUUAGAUUAAUGAUCCAGCAAUUGAAGGAUAAUGAAGCCAACAAGAGCGGUGUUACUUCUGCUGACUUAUUUAAAGCAACAUCUAGCGGAACUUACGAGAACUUGAACUUGGUUAAAUAA